UUCAUUUAUUUGUUGCUCACAGAAGCCAUCAUCAUCAUGGGCAAGCGAGGUGGUCGCAAGAACUCUGACGAUUGGGAUGAUGACAUCCAGGAGGACUUGGUAGCCCUCAAAAAGUCUGCAAACAAGCCCAACAGCCAACAUCGCGUCGAAGAGGAAGGCGAGGACGAGGACGGUGACUCUGGCAUGCCCAAGGUCACCCCGCUGCCCAUCCAGAAAAAGACGCCUGCGCAAAAGAAGAAGCAGCGCAACAGCAACUCAAAGAGCGAGGCGACCGAGGACAGCGAUGAGGACGAGAGCGAGUCCUCGGACGGCGAAGAUGCCGACGAAAAGUUUGUGCGCGAGGAGAUUUACCGCGGCAAGCCCAUCCAGUCCUCGGCUGUUGUGCCUCCCAUGCCCAGCAAACAGGCUGCUGCUGCUGCUACGAAGGCCCCGGCGUAUGACACAACUGGCGACGAUCGCAGCCACAAGCGCAUUCUCAACACCAAGGCGACUGCUGCUGCUGCUGCUCCUGCUGCUCCUGCAAAGGCUGCACCCAAGAAGCCUGCUGCGGCCGAUUCCGACGACAGCGAGUCCACCUCUUCAGAGUCUGAGGACGAAGCUCCCGCAAAGAAGCCGGUUGCCGCCAAGGCUGUCAGCAAGGCUCCUGCUCCAGCUGCCAAGUCUGCCGCCAAGCCUGCUGCUGCUGCUGCCGCCAAGAAGGCAGAGUCUGAUAGCAGCGAUGAGUCUUCGGAAGACGAAAAGCCUGCGCCCAAGAAGGCUGCCGCUCCCGCUGCCAAGGCUGCCGCUCCCGCUGCCAAGCCCGCUGCACCGAAAAAGAAGGCCGCGUCCUCAUCCGAAGAGGAGAGCAGCUCUGAAGAAGAGUCAUCCGAGGACGAGAAGCCUGCACCCAAGAAGGCGCCCGCCAAGGCUGCUGCCCCUGCUGCGAAGGCUGCCGCUCCCGCCGCAAAGCCUGCUCCCAAGAAGAAGGCCGCCUCCUCGUCCGACGACAGCAGCGAAGAGUCGUCCGAAGAUGAAAAGCCAGUCGCCAAGAAAGCGACUGCUGCUGCCGCCGCUGCACCUUCGCCCGCCAAAGCAGCAGCGGCCAAGGCACAGCCCAAAGCCAAGCCUGCCCAAGCCGCCGCCAAGAAGCCUGCCGCCAAGAAGCCUGCCGUCGCAGGGUCGGGCUUUGCCUUUUUGGCCGACGAAGAUGACGACGGUGGCAUGAUGAAGGACGAUGACGACGACAAUGACAACGAGGACGACGAAUCCAACGAGGAUGGCUUUGUCGAGGUCAAACCAGUUGCAUCAGAGCCCGCGGCCAAGCCUGCAGCAGCCUCCUCGAACAAUAACAGCAACAAGAAAAAGAAGGGCAAGUCUGCUGCUGGGGAUGACGAGGAUGAGGAAGCCAUGCUCGCCAAGGCCAUCGAGGAAGCCAACGCCAACCGACCUGCACCGGCCGGCAAGGACAGCAAGAAGAAGAAGGGCAAGAAGGGCAAAGGAGCAGCAGACGACGAGGACGAGGACGCCCUGCUGGCUGCUGCCAUUUCUGAAAUCAAGCUGAACUCGCCCGCACCGGCAACCCCAGACGCCACCGCAGCCCCCAAGCCAGACCUGCCAUCAUCGUCAGCCGCACCCGCCGCCGAUGACGACGAUGAAGACGACGACGAAGCCACCGCUGGCAUGUCGGCCGCUGACAAGAAGAAGGAGCGCGAGAAGAAGAAAAAGAAGAAGCAGAAGGAGAAGGCUGCCGCCGGCGGUGCUCCUGCCGAGCCUGCAGGCAAGAAGAGCAACGCAGCUGUUCGUCGCGUCCAAGAGGCUCUCGAGGCGCUCAAGAUUGAAGAGGAGCGCAUUCGAAAAGAAGAGGAAGAGCGCGCUCGCAUCGAGGCAGAAGCCGAGCGCGUCCGACUAGAGGAGGAGGCUCGCGAGGAGGAGCGCAAGCGCAUCAAGAAGGAAAAGGAGAAGGAAAAGAAGGAGCGCUUGCGUCGCGAGGGCAAGCUCUUGUCCAAGACUGAAAAGGAGCGUGUGGCUCGCCAGCAAGUCCUGCUCGAAUCCAUGAAGGCCCAGGGCCACGUUCAGCUACCCGUCGGCGAUGACGCUGCUGCUGCUGCUGCUGCUGCUGCCACCUCUACCGCGGCCGAUGCUGACGAAGCCGACGCCGCCGCUGCUGCUGCUGCUGCCCCUUCAGACAAGAAGCGCUCCAAGUUGGUUUCCACCAAAAAGAAGAAGCCUGCUGCGAGCGCCUCAUCCACCUCUGCAUCUGCCAAUGCUUCGGAGCCCAUGACCCCCGACACCCGCGACGAGGCAGAAGACGGAGAGCCUUUGGCCGAGGCUGCCGAGGAGCCUGCCGACAGCUGGGAUCGCGACGACUGGGAGAGCGCCAUCGACGAGAAGCUCGCCGCGGCCACCCCUGAGGCGUCCGCUGCUGCUGCUGCUGCUGCUGCUGCCACGUCCGCUGCUUCCACCUCCGCAGCCAGCGACACCGCCUCCACUUCUUCCGAUGCAGUCGUGGCAGCGAUCGACACCAAGUCCCGACAAGCCCGCAUGGAAGCUGCGCGUGCUCGCAUUGACGCGCGCCGUGCCGCCAACACUGAGCUCAAGUCGUCCGACAACCUUCGCUCGCCGAUCUGCUGCGUUCUUGGCCACGUCGACACUGGCAAGACCAAGCUGUUGGACAAGAUUCGCCACACCAACGUGCAAUCCGGCGAAGCUGGUGGCAUCACCCAGCAGAUUGGUGCCUCCUACUUCCCAAUGUCCACGAUUGAGGACCAGACCAAGCGCCUGAAGGAGCUCAAGGACUCUGUCGUGACGGACAUCAAGGUGCCCGGUCUGCUCAUCAUUGACACGCCCGGUCACGAGUCGUUCAGCAACCUGCGCUCGCGCGGCUCGUCCUUGUGCGACAUUGCGAUUCUUGUCGUUGAUAUCAUGCACGGCUUGGAGCCGCAGACGAUCGAAUCCAUCAACCUGCUCAAAAAGAUGAAGACGCCGUUCGUCGUCGCGCUGAACAAGGUGGAUCGCAUUUACGACUGGCAAGCGACUCCCGACAACCCGUUCCAGGACUCGCUCAAGCGCCAAAAGCAGUCUGCCGCGAAGGAGUUUGCCGAGCGCUCGCAACAGGCGAUUCUCGCCUUCGCCGAGCAAGGCCUGAACGCUGCGCUCUACUACAACAACCAGGACUACCGCAAGUACGUCUCGCUUGUGCCGACCUCUGCGCACACUGGCGAGGGCAUUCCCGACCUGCUCAUGCUGCUCGUCUCGCUGACCCAGCGUCUGAUGAAGGAACGCCUGGCCUUCUCGCCCGAAGUCCAGUGCACGGUGCUCGAAGUCAAGGUCACCCCUGGUUUCGGCCAUACGAUCGAUGUUAUUCUUUCUAACGGCAUCAUCCGUGAGGGUGACACCAUGGUCGCCUGCGGUACCGACGGGCCGAUCGUCUCGCCCAUCAAAGCGCUGCUCAUGCCUCAACCGCUGCGCGAGCUGCGCGUCAAGUCGCAGUACACGAAUGCCAAGGAGGUCAAGGCUGCGCAAGGCGUCAAGCUUUCAGCCAAGAAUCUCGAGCACGUUGUUGCUGGCACCCAGCUGUACAUUGCCUACGACGAAGACGAAGUCGAGGUGCUCAAGGAGGACGUCACUGCUGAUCUCGCCCGCUCGCUCAAUCAAAUCAAGACGGUCGACCGUGGUGUGCUCGUCCAGGCGUCUACCCUCGGUGCUCUCGAGGCCCUCAUGGAGUUCCUCCGCACCUCCAAGAUUCCCGUUUCUGCCGUCUCCGUGGGUCCCGUGCAUCGCAAGGACGUCAUGCGUGCGAAGGUUCAGCUGGAGAAGGAUCCCACGUAUGCCAUCAUCAUGGCGUUCGAUGUCAAGGUCGACAAGGAAGUUCGAGAGUUUGCCGACAAGGAAAGCAUCAAGAUUUUCACCGCCGAUAUCAUCUAUCACCUCUUUGACCAGUUCACCGCGUACAUGGAGCAGCUCAAGCAGAAGGCCAAGGAUGAAAACCGUCAUCUCGCCGUCUUCCCUUCGCGUCUCCGCGUGCUGGCUGACAGCGUUUUCAACAAGCGCGACCCCAUCGUUAUUGGUGUGGAUGUUUUGGACGGCGUCAUCAAGGUCGGCACCCCGUUGGUCGUGCCGUCCAAGGAGAAGCUGUUCAUUGGCACCAUCACCGGCAUCCAAAUCGACCAAGACCAUCCAUUGCAAGAAGCCCGACGCGGUGCAACCGUCUGCAUCAAGAUUGACAACACCACUGGCGAUGCACCCAAGAUGUUUGGCCGUCACUUUGACGAGAAGGAUGAGCUCGUGAGCCGCAUUUCUCGUGAGUCCAUCGACUGCAUGAAGCAGUAUUUCCGCGAUGAAAUGACCAAAGACGACUGGGCUCUUGUCAUCACUCUCAAGAAGAUUCUUGAUGUCUUUUAAGGUCGCUCACUGAGCAACUGUCAGACAUCUCAGCCUUGUUCUGUUUUUGAUUUGAAUGACUGCUGUUUUGCGUUUCGGUCGUUCAGCAAAGUACAAACAUGAUAUGACAACA